AUGCAGAAAGAAUACGCAAUCGGUAUUGACUUAGGUACUACUAACUCUUGUAUGGCCGUCAUGCAAAAUGGUAAGCCAGAAAUUAUCGUUAAUAAGAUCGGAGGCCGAACUACUCCUUCUAUCAUUGGCUUUACUCCUAAUGAAGUCAUCUUUGGCGAAGCAGCCGCUAAUAAUAUCAAAAACGACCCAGCCAACACUAUCUACGAUGCAAAAAGACUUAUCGGAAUGGAAUUCAAUGAUUCAGUUGUCCAAGAAGAUAUCAAACAUUGGCCUUUUAAAGUAAUCAGUGCAGGUAACCGUCCUAAGAUAGUUAUUAAUGUCAAAGGAACCCAACAAGAAUUCUACCCAGAACAAAUCAGUUCUAAACUCCUUAAGUACUUAAAGGAAUGUGCUGAAGAGUAUUUAGGAGGUCCAGUUACUAAGGCCGUUGUUACAGUCCCAGCUUACUUCCAGAACAACCAAAGGGAGUUAACUAAGGAAGCAGCUACUUUAGCCGGAUUAGAAGUACUUAGAAUUAUUAAUGAACCUACUGCAGCAGCUGUUGCUUAUGGUAUUGAUCAGAAAUCUAAUCAGGAAAAGAACAUUCUUGUUUUUGAUUUUGGCGGUGGUACUUUUGAUGUUAGUAUUUUGACUUUAGAUGAUAAUCUGUUUGAAGUAAAAGCAACGGGUGGUAAUACUCAUUUAGGUGGAUCUGAUUUAGAUAACAAAUUAUGUGAGUAUUAUGCUAAGCAGUUUGCUAAGGAGAAGAAUAUUAAGGUGGAAGAUCUUAAGGGUAAACCAAUGGGUCGAUUGAAGGCCCAAAUUGAAACGGCUAAGAAGUACUUAUCUGUCUCUACUUCUACUCAGUUAAUGAUUGAUUCUUUCUAUAAGGGUGAAGAUUUAUGUUAUACUGUAACUCGUACUAUGUUUGAGAUGAUCUGUAAGGAGUACUUUGAUCAGUUGAUUCCUUGUGUAGAGAAGACUUUAGCUUCUUCUCGGUUGAGUAAGAAUGAGAUUGCUGAAGUAAUUCUAGUGGGAGGUUCAACGCGUAUUCCUAAGGUCCAGAAGAUGCUUUCUGAUUACUUUGGGGGUAAACCAUUGAAUAAGAGUGUGCAUCCGGAUGAAGUAGUUGCUCAGGGUGCUGCUAUUCAAGCGGGUGCUUUAUCUGGUGAUGGAGAAGGGGCUAAUUCUGAUCUUUUGCUUUUGGAUGUUGUUCCCUUAUCUAUUGGUAUUGAGACGGCUGGUGGAGUCUUUGCCCCGAUUGUGCCUAAGAAUACUACUAUUCCUACUAAUAAGACGCAGACUUUUAGUACUUAUUCUGAUAAUCAGACUUCAGUUAGUAUUGUUAUUUAUGAAGGAGAGAGAUCUAUGGUUAAAGAUAAUCAUAGAUUGGGUGAAUUUUUACUGGAAGGUAUUCCUCCUGCUCCUCGGGGUAAACCGGAGAUUGUUGUUUCUUGUAGUGUUGAUUCUAACGGUAUCUUAUCUGUUUCGGCGACUGAGAAUUCAUCGGGUGGUAAGAAGGAGAUUACUAUUACUAAGGAGAAGACUAUUAAUGAUCAGAAUGAGAUUAAGCGUAUGCAAGAAGAUGCGAUUAGGAACAAGGCUCAAGAUGAUAAGAAUAAGGAGAUUAUUCAGAGUUAUUCGGAUAUUGAUGUUUACAUCUACCAGGUAAGGGAGAUGGCUAAGGGAGUGGAAGCUGGUGCUCAAACUCAGAUCAAUGCGUGCUUGGAGGCGGCUGAGAAGUGGUUGAAGGAGCGCAGUUCACCUUUAGAUCGUACGGUUGAGGAGUAUGUGGCUAAGAAGAGCGAGAUAGAAGCUAUCUGUACGCCCUUGUUGCAACAAACGGCCGGCGGAGCAGCUGGAGCCCAAGCAGGAGCCGGAGGUCCCACGGUGGAAGAGGUUAACUAA